AUGAGGAAUCAUAAAAUUUACGAGUUGAAAGUCUAUAUUGGUGGUAAGUUCUUAUUACGUUUCAGAGAUUCAUGCACAUUGCUCCCUAGCAGUCUUGAAUCAUUAGGUAAGACAUUAUGUCCUGAAUUAGGUGCCAAAGGUUCUAUCCCACAUUCUGAAUUGGAAGUGUCUAAUCUUCAGGGUCAUAGUGAGGAUUUGAUAAACUAUCUUCGACAAGAUAUCCUUAUCUUAGGUGGUGUGAUGUUGAAGGCACAAAAGAUUUAUUGGGAUAAGUAUAAUAUUGAUAUCGAGGAAGUGAUGACAUUGUCAUCGCUUUCCCUUAAAAUCUUUCGUAAUAAUUAUUUGGAUGAUGAGUCCUUUCAUAUUCAUUUACCUACUAGGAAUCAAGACACCUUUAUUAGGCGCGGGUAUUAUGGUGGGCAUUCUGAUGUCUAUAAACCUUAUGGGGAGAAUCUAUACUAUUAUGAUGUGAACUCUUUAUAUCCUUAUAUUAUGAAAGAAUAUCCGAUGCCUUGUGGUAUACCAGUCUGGAAAAAGAAUUUGGAGAGCGUCGAAUUAGAUAGCUUGUUUGGCUUUAUUGAGGCCUAUGUAGUCUGUCCUACUAAUAUAUCAUGUCCAUUCUUACCUUAUAAGGAUAAAGCAGGUACUUUACUCUUUCCUACAGGUAAAUUCGUUGGAGUCUUUUAUAGCGAAGAGUUGAAGUUUGCUCGUCAUUUAGGUUAUCAUAUAAUGCCUCUUAGGGGUUAUUUUUUUGAGAAGAAGGCCAGUGGUUGGCGCUGA